GCCUUAAUAUAUCAUGGCCCAAGCCCAACUCAUUUGAAUUUAUUUUUAUAAGUAUUAGUACUAAUUUAUUUUUGUAAGUAUUAGUACUAAUUUUCGUUAGGUAUGUCGUUAUUCUACAUCAUUAAUUGAUCGAUGAUAUGAUGAUAUCUCUCAACUUAGGAGAGAUGAUUGUUCUUGUUUAGAUACUUUUAGAUGAUUCAGAUUAGGAUAAUAAUCCAUCUAUUGUAUCAAUCGUAUAAAAGAAAUUAAUGUUAAAUGAAUAAGUAGUUUCCUCAUUACAAAUUGCAAUCAUCAUCCUUUGAUUGUCAUAUCAAAUUUACAUCUUUUACUUUUGUUUUUUACAAUUUUGUCUUAGCUAAAGAUUCUUGCAUGGGUAGAAUCACCUCAUCAAAAAUGUCUGAUGCUGAAGAGGUAGUAAAGAUCUCAUUGAAGGUAGUGAUUAACAAGGAGAAAACUAAGGUGCUAUAUGCUGAAUCAGAUGGCUAUUUUGUAGAUAUUUUGUUAAGCUUCUUAACAUUGCCUUUGGGAAGAGUUGUGAAGCUUUUCGAGAAACACUAUGGAGCAGAGACACCUAUUUUAGGAUGUUUAAACACUUUGUAUAAUAGCGUAGUGAAUCUCGAUAGUUCCUAUUUUCGGACGGAGAAUACCAAGCAGAUUCUGAUUAAUCCAAUAUCUUCAUUCGAUGCCGAUUGUAGAAGACUAAAGCUUAAUAUUAGUGAUUCCGAGCCUUGUGAUAUUGAUCCUAACAGUGGAGUAUUUACCAUAGAUACAACAACUUUCAUCAUCACGGACGAUCUGCAUAUAGUGCCAAAGCUUGUUCAAACGCGAAACAUUCUUAACAUCAAAGAAACUGAAGGUGCAGAGUCUCUGAAUGUGGCUUUUGGGGUCAGUGAGAUUAUGGAUUUGUUCACUGCAUCUAUAUUUUCCGAGAAGCCAUUGUCGAACGUCAUACUCAGGAAAAAAGAGGAGGUGAAGCAUGUAGAAGUAGAAUACGAGUGCGAUAUUUCACAAGCCAAGAACAACGAAAAAGAACCCGAUGUGAUAGUUGAAGAGAUGGAACUGCGGGUGAUAGUUCAAAAAUCGAUAAAAAAGCAAUCAUAA